AAGUUUGGUCAACUUCGGUUAGUCUGUUGCCACGCGCUUCCAUGUGUAGAAGUAGAAAUUAUGCACAUAAGAAUGUAAAAUUUCUAAUAAUUAGCAUAGUUAAUUUCACUUUCUGCUGCAGUGUCAGUGACUGUGAAAUCAAAUAAAAUACAACAAUAAAAACUAACGAAAGUUCCAAAAUAUAAUGAUUUCAUUUUUAUUCAAGAAAGAAGUUACAAUAUUGUGUAUUAUAGGUUACGGUUUCUCUCAAGUGUAGUGAAAGUAUUUUGUGUCUUUGACCUAAUUAUUCAUUUUUUAUGUGUUGUAUUUGAUCAUGAUAUAUCUCUAAUACAUUCCACAAGAAAAUAAUUCUAUUUUUUUUCAAAGCACUAUCUUAAGAACAUUCGUGCGUAAGUUGAAUUUAUUACCAUAAUGAAUAAAGAGACAUAUGACGUAAUCCGUGUUGGAUCUCGAAAGAGCGAGUUGGCACUAAUUCAAACUAGAUAUGUAAUAGACAGUUUGAAAAAUAUAUAUCCGAAAAAGGAGUUCGAAAUAGUGACCAUGAAUACAAAAGGUGAUAAAAUAUUAGAUAAAUCUUUACCUAAAAUUGGAGAAAAAUCUUUAUUCACAGAAGAAUUAGAACUUGCUUUAGAAACUGGCCGUGUUGAUUUUUUAGUACAUUCAUUAAAAGACUUACCUACAAUAUUGCCACAAGGAAUGGUACUUGGAGCAAUAUUGAAACGUGAAGAUCCACGUGAUGCAGUUGUAAUGUCAACAAAAUAUAAAGACAAAACAUUAUCUACAUUACCAAAAGGAAGUGUUAUAGGAACUAGUUCAUUAAGAAGAUCAGCCCAAUUAUCUAGAAAUAUGCAGCACUUAACUGUUCAAAAUAUACGUGGUAAUUUAAAUACUAGAUUAAAAAAAUUAGAUGACGAAGACAGCCCAUUUGCUGCAAUUAUUUUAGCCACUGCUGGGUUGAAAAGAAUGGGAUGGGAAGACAGAAUAAGUCAGAUAUUAGAACCAGAAGAAGCUUUGUAUGCUGUUGGUCAGGGAGCAUUAGGAAUAGAAUGCAGAGAAUCUGAUUGGAAAAUACUAUCUCUUUUAGAACCUUUGCAUGAUGUAGAUACAACAUUGAGAUGUGUAUGCGAGCGAUCUUUUUUAAAAACACUUGGUGGUGGGUGUUCUGCACCAGUUGCAGUUUCUUCCUCUUUAACUGGGAAAGAUUUAACUAUUACUGGAGCAGUAUGGUCCCUUGAUGGUCAAACUUUAAUAAAAGAUACAAUAAAAAGUGAACUUUAUAUACCGGAUGAUGAUGGAGAACCUCCAAAAAAAUGCCCAUAUAGAGAACCCCGCCUAUAUUGCAGUGUUGCGCCAGGUAAUAUAAGUAGCCUAAGUCUUUUAGGUGCCGAACAAUUAGGCAAAGAUAUUGCAGCAAAAUUGAUAAACAAAAAUGCUCUUGAAGUAAUGCUAAAAGCUAGAAACGAAAUUUUAAAUUCUGAUUGAGAAACUACGUUAAUUGUACGAAUGAAUUGUUUAUUGUUCCUUAAAAUGGUGCUUUAAAGAGAUAUAGAAUUAAGAAUGUAACGUAAUUGUCAAUUUUAGAUCUUUUUUUAAAUAAUUAUCAGUUAAUUCAAUUUUUAUUUUUUCGUUUCUCCAAUCAAGAAAACAAUUUUUCAUAUUGUAAUAUAUAUAUAUAUAUAUAUAAAAUAUUUACGAAAUAUAAAUAAAUCCAAUAAAAUAAUUAACGUUAAUGAAUAGAAACAGAACAGAAUUCAUAUUGUAAAUAAAAACUGAUUCUUUAAUGUAAUUUGCGGAUCCAUUAUCAGUACUAUUACAUGUAUAGAUUACUGAAAUUUACAUACAAAUUUUUAUGUUUUAUUCUAUCUAAUUCUAUCUAAUUCUCCAACUAAAAUUUUGAUUAACAUAAAAUUUUGUACUUUUUAAUAUGAAAGUUCCAUAUAAUAUAUACACUGCCUCUUAUCAAAUUGUUUGAACAUAUGUGAUAUAAUUUCAUGAAUUUACGUAUCAACUGUUCAUCAAAUACUUCUUUAAAUAAAAUACUACAAAAAUAUUAUUGCCGGUUAUAUUAUAACUCUCUUUCAUUAUGAAAAAUAUAAAAAUACCAGAUAUAUAGUAUUAUUAUUUAAAGAAUAUUAAUCGUAAAAUAUCUUAUAUAAAAUUUCUUUAGAUUCAAGUUUUAUUUAACAGCUUAUGAUUUUAUACAAUAUAAUUAUACGUAAAAAUGAGAAAAAUAAUGUAAAAAUCUGUUCUUCGUAAAUGUAUAUAAAAUACAUUGGAAAUAUAGAAGGUAAUAGAAUUUGUACAUACAUUAUAUAUUAAUAAACAAAAGAGAGAGAAACGCAAUACUUGAAAUCUUGUAUUUUAUAAUAAUUAAAUUAAAAAGCAUUAAUUAAUUAUUUUAAAAUAAGCUAUAUCUGUUUUUAUAUUAAUCAAACAAAUAUAAAUUCCUGAAUCUUAUAUAACAUUAUGGUGAGUAACUUUGGUAAUAUUUUUUAUUAAUAACAUUUAAUUUGUGCUCAUGCUUUAUAGAUACAACCAUUUUGUAAUCUUAUCUGAUAGAAACUGUAUAACAUCUUUAUUGCUUACAUAGUGCGCGCAAUGUACUUUUAUAAGAAUAUAGAAUAUUUUUUUUUUUUAUACAAAAAAUAACUGUAAUCGUUUUAUGUGCUAGUGCCUAUUAUAGAAAAUAAUAUUAUAUAUAACUGUAUUAACAUUCUGUUUGUUAUAAAGAUUCUUUUAAUACAGAGAUCAUAAAGUGUUCAUAAAGUACAGAAUAUCUUUAUAUAGAUGCAAGCAAAUGUUGAAAGAAACAUCAAUAAUAAAAAUAAUACAAUUGAUUAUUAAAUCCUU